UGUUAGUGACACUUUCCCCCAAAUUGUAGCUUUGACUCUCAGAGGUGGGACAGGCAGUCGAAGGGUGAAGCGACACACUCGAGCGGCGAAGACUGUUCUGCUAUCUCUGUUUAAUCUCCCCUGCGCUGACGACCACGGAGGAUAUUAGGCUGUGUGUUGGGUAAAUAAAUAUCGCACACUGACGUCGCUAUCCGAAACCUCGCCGCGGUGCGCAAGAACAAGAGGAACGAGGAUCGCCGACUGCUAGGGACUGCGCGUUACGCUGUUUCCAAGAGCUUUGCUGGGACUAAACAAACCAUCCACCGAAUGACUUGAGAUGUGGUCAGUAUUGAACAAAGCUUGACGUUCAAGAGGCAGAAUUUAUCCUGAGUGAGUCUCGGUGCCGUGUUCAGCGGGUGGAUAGACAGGAGCGAGCGGCUGUGAGGCGAAAUACUGUGGUGUUGUUAUAUUCCGUGUCAUUUGCCCUCUUCCAAAUAACGUAAUAUUUUUUUUGAACGUUGUAUUUUCGCUGCCUGCACGCCGACUUGCCGGACUGACUUUUCCAAGAGGUUACACUCUGAGGAGCAACGUGUUUAUGGAUUGCUGCGCAGCGAGGAACACCGGGAGUUGUAGGCUACGCGCUUAUGCAUCGAUCAUGUUGAUACCUCGCUGUUGCUGUAAACUUUGAUAGAUGUUUACAGAAAGAACUCAGUAAUAUAGAACAACGUUUUGAUUAAAUAAGCUCAGACAAGCUCAGACUGACCUCUGGAGGAAGUGGGAAGCGCCUCUUCGCCCUCCCUCGGUUUUUCUCCCAAGACGUCAAGACGGAUCUGUAUCACUGAGUCUGACUCUCCUUCUGCGAUUUAAACAAAGACCAAAGUGUUUGGGGAUAGCAUGGCAAUGGUAGUAAACCAGUGGCCAGAGAACAUUUCGGCAGAUCCGGGGUCUCAGCUCCAGAUUUGCGGCCAGGAGCCCGGCGGGGCACCGGGGACUCCCAACGGUUCCACCCCAGGGAACGACGCACUUUCCGGGGACAAGAUCCCCAACGUGGACUGCAUGGUGUGCGGGGACAAGUCCAGUGGGAAGCAUUACGGUCAGUUCACCUGCGAGGGAUGCAAAAGCUUCUUUAAGCGCUCAGUGAGGCGGAACCUCUCGUACACCUGCCGGGGGAACCGAGACUGUCCCAUCGACCAGCACCACCGGAACCAGUGUCAGUACUGCCGCCUGAAGAAGUGCCUCAAAGUCGGCAUGAGGAGAGAAGCUGUACAACGAGGACGUACAUCGAACUCCCAGAGCAGCCCAGGACAGUACCUGACCAAUGGCACUGACCCGUACAAUGGCCAGCCCUACCUAUCCGGCUUCAUUUCUCUGUUGCUACGCGCCGAGCCCUACCCCACAUCUCGCUAUGGGGCCCAGUGCAUGCAGGGAAACAACCUGAUGGGCAUUGAGAACAUCUGCGAGCUGGCGGCAAGGCUGCUCUUCAGUGCUGUUGAGUGGGCCAAGAAUAUCCCUUUCUUCCCUGACCUGCAGCUCAUGGAUCAGGUGGCGCUGUUACGCAUGUCAUGGAGCGAGCUCUUCGUCCUCAACGCCGCCCAGUGCUCCAUGCCGCUUCAUGUGGCCCCUCUGUUGGCAGCAGCAGGCCUGCAUGCAUCGCCCAUGUCGGCAGAACGGGUGGUGGCCUUCAUGGACCACAUCCGCGUCUUCCAAGAGCAGGUGGAGAAGCUGAAGGCCCUGCAGGUCGACACGGCUGAAUAUUCCUGUCUCAAGUCCAUCGUGCUCUUUACUUCCGAUGCUAUGGGACUGUCAGAUGUUGCCCACGUGGAGAGCAUCCAGGAGAAGUCCCAAUGUGCCCUGGAAGAGUAUGUAAGGAACCAGUACCCCAGUCAGCCAAACCGUUUUGGACGUCUCCUCCUCCGACUGCCCUCCCUGCGCAUCGUCUCGUCUCCGGUCAUCGAGCAGCUGUUUUUCGUUCGCCUGGUAGGCAAAACACCCAUCGAGACGCUGCUUCGCGACAUGCUGCUCUCGGGCUCCAGCUACAACUGGCCCUAUAUGCCCACCGUGCAGCGCGACCGGCCCAUCUCCCUCCACUACAACGAGAACGGGCCCUGAGGUGGAGAGACAGACGAAGGAGAAGCUGCGGGACAUAUUCAGGCUGAACGUCCAUCUGACUACUCAUCCAUCCUUCCUUCCCUUCAUUCUCUGCAUUUAACUUCUCAGCUUUCUCAGAGGAAGCACCUCCCUCCACCAUUCCACUCAAAAACACAGACUGACAGUAUCAUCUGUUACUGUCCCGGUUACACAAGCCAGCCAAUCAUUCAUUAUGGCCAUUUCAAAGACUAGGUGGCCCGUUUGCAGUCCCUCAGCCAAUUGUGCAUUCUGCAUUUGAGAUGUGGCACGAGAUGGACAGGUUGGUAGAACGGGUUAUUGCGCAGUUCACCAGCAGGUCUGUUGGACUCACUUCAGAUGUCAGUCUCAAACCCCAUGAAAACAGUGGCAGCGAAAGACAAAACAUUUGCUUUAUUGUUGGUGCUUGGUGCUAUGCCUAUAUUUACAGAGGCUGUGUACAAGCAUCCCAGUAUGGCUAAUACUGAGCAAGGGCUUUGCCAAUAGGACUCUAUGACCAAGAGCACAAGGCCCGUUGUAUAUUUACCAAUUUUUGAAUAAAGCCAGAAGCCAUUAAAAAAAAAAGACAAAUGCCAAAAUGUCUUGGACUUUUUGCAGAGGACAUGUUUUAAUGUGUGUGUUUGUAUUAGCACUGUUUAUAUGGAGAGAAAACUCAUGAUUGUGUCCAUAUGUACAGUAUAUCGUUGAUUCAUAGGCAUCUAUAGCGUAUUAGGGUUCAAUGGGAAAAGCUCAGGUUCAAUGGGUGGGUAGACAGACAGACAGACAGACGGACGGACAGAAAGACAUGCCAAUAUCAGUACAAGAGCAAAAAGACAAACCCAGCAAAAUUUACACUUAUCAGCAGCCUGUGCCAAAGCUGAAAAAUGCAUAUUGUUUGGAUAUUUUUGUGGUAGUGUUGGUGAUGACAAUUUAAUGUUUGGUUUGUCUAUAAUUUGACUAUAUGCUUGUUUUUGGGUCUCAGGGGGAGAAAAGGAGUCUGUUAAAAAAAUACAAAUAAAAGCUUAGGCACUUGCAUUGUAACCUAGUCAGAACCUACACUUAUUCACUCCUGUAAAAUCACAGCACUGGUAGAUUUUUGCUACCUUUAUGCCAUUUGAUCGAUCUACCUUUUUACUUAUUCAAAAGGCCCAUUAAAACUCCUUACAUGUUUUAUCACAGGAGUGACAAAACUACUCAUCCUCAUUGUUGUUUUUUAGUCAUGAUUGUCAAUAUUGGAGCUUUU